CAACACCUCAACAACGAAAUGUAUGAUAGAAUGGAAACCGGGUAAAGGCGUGUAACACAGCAGUGAAAUGCAUAAACUGGGAGUCAUAGUUUUCACUAGUAUUCUACUGGUUUUAGUGCCUUUGAUAACGGGUGAUGACGAUAAAAACACUGACAUCCAAGAAAAAGAAACAAAAAAUGUGGAUUUAGAAUUCGACAUAAAUCUACAGGAAUUUAAAAAAGAAGAUGUAGACGAGACUGAAGAAGAAAAAGUUGACAAAAAUAACGAUGGCUCCAAUGAUGAAACUGAUAGUAAUUUCGAUGAAUCAACUUCAGAGGAUUCUGAUCUAAAGUCAGACGAAACCGAAAGCAGCGAUAAAAGUGACACUCAUUCAAUAAUAAAAUCAGUGAGUCAUUCAAUAAUAAAACCAGUGAGUAAUAAUAACAAUGAAAAGUUGGACAUAAUAAAACAAUCUUUAUCUGUUACCCCGCCUUUGAAUAGCAACAUCUUUUCAGAGAGCGUCGGUGACGACACUUACGAUGAUACUGAAGAUUCAGAUACUGAGCUGCUGGCUAUCCUGGAUAAAUUGAGUAAAUACAACAAAUCAGAAAUGCACAUGAUAAAUAGAAAGGAGUUGAUGAAUGUGAAAGACACGAAAAAGCAAAAUCCUUCAACAGAACACAACGCAAAAAAAGAAAACAACCUUAAAGGUUUAGAUGAAAAGGUUAAAGUAGGGCAAACAUUUAUUAGAAAGGAAGCAAAGAGGAAGUUUAAAACUAGAAAUAAUGAAAAUAAAGAUAACAGUAAUGUCUUUAAGAUAAUUGAAGAUAAAGUAACUAGUAAUAUGAAUAUUAAUGACGAUUCUUCCGAGACAAUAGACUCCGACGAAAUUAAAGGAAAUAAACCAAUCAAAACUUUACAAAGGGAAAACGAUGAUAUAAAGAAGGAAUCACAUCUUCUAGUGCCAAAUAAUCAAAUUAUUAGUUCUUCGGUUUCAGAAUUUGUGGCUAUAGAAAAUAUCCAUAAAAAUAAUGCUAAAGUAAGCGAUACCAAAGAAGUUAAAAAUCUUGGUACAGGUGAUUAUCUUAACAGAGGGAAAAAAAUAGAAGAUACAGAUAAUUCUAGGCCUUUAAAAUCUAAAGAUGACAUUCAGAGCAAGUUUACCGAAAAAGAAUCUGUCUCCGACCAAGAUGAAUCAGAGGAAAGCAUAAGUCAAGAAAGUAUCAAUGUUGAAGCUUCUUCAACACAAAGUACAACACAAGACGUUCGUCAAGAUAUUUCCGACGUGAAUAGUUCUUCUAAACAUGGGACAGAUGACGAAUUUAGUGAAGAUGAUACAGGCGAAACUGAUUUUUUGAAUGAUAGAACAGAGGCAGACUCAAGUCAAACAAUUAUCAACGUCAAAGAUUCACCCAAGUAUGUGAAAGAAAAGGAGGUUAUAAAAGAGGAUAAUACUGACGUAAGCGAUGUUAAACACAAGAGAAACGAUGGAGGCUUUCGGCAAAUGAACAUCGAAGCCAACAACCAACUUAAACAAGGAAACACUGAAAGUACACGUCAAAAACAUAUCGCCUCAAAGCUUCCUCUUACAGACGAGACAGAAGAAAGUAGUAGCGAAGAGAUUGAAGAGGUCAAACAAGGAAAAAAUGAAGGUACCAGUCAAACACAUAUCGACUCAAAUCAUCCUCUUAAAGACGAGACAGAGGAAAGCAGAAGUGAAGAGAUUAAAGAAGUCAAACAAGGGAAAAAUGACAGUACCAGUCAAAUACAUAUCGCCUCAAAUCAUCCUCUUAAAGACGAGACAGAGGAAAGCAGAAGUGAAGAGAUUAAAGAAGUCAAACAAGGUGAAAAUGAAGGUACCAGUCAAACACAUAUCGACUCAAAUCAUCCUCUUAAAGUCGAGGUAGAGGAAAGCAGUAGUGAAGCGUUUGAAGAAGUCAAACAAGGAAAAAAUGAAACUACUAGUCAAAAACAUAUUGACUCAAAGCUUCCUCGUAAAGUCGAGGUAGAGGAAAGCAGUAGUGAAGCGAUUGAAGAAGUCAAACAAGGAAAAAAUGAAACUACCAGUCAUACACAUAUCGACUCAAAUCAUCCUCUUAAAGUCGAGGUAGAGGAAAGCAGUAGUGAAGCGAUUGAAGAAGUCAAACAAGGAAAAAAUGAAACUACCAGUCAUACACAUAUCGACUCAAAUCAUCCUCUUAAAGUCGAGGUAGAGGAAAGCAGUAGAGAAGCGAUUGAAGAAGUCGAACAAGGAAAAAAUGAAACUACCAGUCAUACACAUAUCGACUCAAAUCAUCCUCUUAAAGACGAGACAGAGGAAAGCAGUAGUGAAGAGAUUAAAGAAGUCAAACAAUCAGCUAAAGAUCAUGUUAUUCGAUUGAAUACAGAAGUUAAUACUCCUUCUAAAACUCCAACAAUAGAUAUUGAGCAACAUUUGAAUGAUAAAAGGUUAACUAAUGAAAAUAUUGAAACUAGAGUACAAACUGAGCACCAGAAAGAUACACAACAGAGUAAGAAAAUUACUGAGGUUUUGAAAAUAAAACAGAAAAGUAUGAAAAAUAGUGAAAACAAAGACACGUCCGAGGAGAAAACAGCAAAUAAUGUUGAUAAAACAGGUAUCAAAGCACACCAUUCAUCUGAUAACUCAGAAGAAGACACGAAAGAUGAAAGUAUUUACGUUAAAGAUUUCUUAAAACUUCCAAUAGAGAAAAAUUUAAUUAAACAAGAAGCUAAAAACCCUUAUGCUCCCGUUGAACAGACGUCUGAUGAACAUAUCAGCCUAACUGAUGACGUCAAAGAUGGUAUCGAAAAUCGUGAAGAAGACGAUGAUAGUCAGCAAACAUCUGAAGAGGAAGACGAUAUUCAGAAAACCUCUGAAGAGGAAGACGAUAUUCAGAAAACCUCUGAAGAAGAAGACGAUAUACAGAAAACCUCUGAGGAAGAAGACGAUAGUCAGAAAACCUAUGAAGAAGAGGACGAUAGUCAGAAAACUCAUGAAGAAGAAGAAGAUAGUCAGAAAACAUCUGACGAUGAAGAAGAUAGUCAGAAAACAUACGAAGAUGAAGAAGAUAGUCAGAAAACAUACGAAGAUGAAGAAGAUAGUCAGAAAACAUCUGAAGAUGAAGAAGAUAGUCAGAAAACAUCUGAAGAUAACGAUGCAGUAGAUAAUUCUACUGAAGAGAUCAGCGAGGAAAAUGUCAAAAGUGACGAUCUCUUUAAAGACCAGAAAGAGGAAAACUUUGUAGAAAUAGAACAGUCUGUAAAACCGUUUAUCAAGUUUCCAACGGUAUCUCUAUUCGAAAACAAUGAUUUGAGAAUUAAAAAAAAAACCAAGAUGACAGCUGGAUCAAUUUAUUUCGACGAUGAUGACGAACCAGAAGAAACACACAAUAAGUUGAAGUCGGAGAACGAAGCUCGAACUAGUUUGAAUAACCCGCCAGUCAUUAGAAUAAAAAAUGUCAGUCCUGCUUCAAAUAUUUUUAACAUGACAGAAGAGUCUGUUAAGAGCAGAAAGCUGUUGGAACAGUUGGACGACACAACCGAUACUACCGAUGACGGCUCAGAGGCUUCAGAGAUUGCAGAAUCAUAUUUGGAUGGACUUGUAUCAAAUUUAUCAAAUUCCACUGAAAAUAUAUUUGAAACGUCCACUUCAUCAGAACCCCUAGAACACGUUCAUGACACAACUGUAAUGGAAUAUUUUACUCCAGCUGCUCUGGCUUGUAUGUCAAAUCCCUGUGGGAACGGUACCUGUCAAGAUGUGUCAUCUGGAGGAUAUAUUUGUCUUUGUGGUGUUGGAUACACAGGAAACAACUGCGAAGACGCCAUAGAUCCAUGUAUACUGAACCCCUGUCCAAGUGGUGCAACGUGUUUACCUGAUGGUGCCUCACGGAUCUGUGUAUGUCCAGAUGGAUUCAAAGGUCCAAAAUGCGAACAAGGUGAUGUCCUUGUUGUAUGUAAUGACUUGAAUAUUGAGCAUAAUCUGAAAGUAGACGAUGUAAUCAAAUGUGCUAAGACUGUUGAUUCUACACCUGAUGAUCUGUGCUAUGAUCCGGAUGAUACGAUCCAAUACGAGCUCAAUACAACUGGUCGAGCAUUCUCUGGAUAUAUAGAUUACAACCAAACUGUGGCUUGUUUGAAGGUUAAUCCUACUCAGGUGACACAACAAGACUACUGUAUAAAUGUGAUAGCAUCAGAGCAGGAUGAUAUAAAAACCCGUCCCUGGAGAAAAGCGACAUCUACAGUUUGCAUCACAUUUAACAAACCUCCAGAAAUCUUACCUACAUCCCCUGUAACUGUCAACAUAAGAGAUUUACAGCUAGGGGAUUCUCUAAUGAUUGUGAAGACAGUUGAUGACUUAAGUUUCGACAAUCCUUCAUACAGCAUUGAAGAUGUUUAUCCAGACGCUUACAAACCAAACUUUAGAAUAUCAGGAGCUGGUGAAAUAUCCUUCGGAUCGAUUCCAGAUACAAUACCAAAUGACAGUCUGGAUCUUCUUAUUCGUAUAAAGGUGAACGAUAAUGGCAUGCCUCCACUUGAAGCAAGAGCAACAGUUAACAUUACUCUUGUAGACAUUGAUUUACAAUGUAGCUUCCCUAAAGAGAUAUAUCUUGGAAUUUCCUCCAAUACUACUAUCCUUGGUGCAAUAAGUUGUACAGGCGCAACAAGUUUGACAUACCAAUUUAUCUCUAAUCAUGGACUUCCACUUAUAUUUGGUGCCCAGGGUACAAUAGUUGUGACGAGAGGAUCAAAAAUAGAUCUACAAGCCGGAGACUAUAAUAUCAGUGUUCAUAUAAGUGCUGGAACUGUUGCUUCCUUCACUCUAGAUUUUAUUCUACACGUUGAUAACUACGAACCUGCCUGUUUCAACUUGUCUCCAGAAGUGUUGAUACACAAGAGUACUCCUCCCGGGAAUUGUUUUCCUGCUUUCUUUUGUAAUGAGACACACACUGGCAACAUCCGAUGUGGCGAAAGCUUGUCUGGGCCAUUGUCUCCUUAUCUAAGUACUAGUUGUACUAUAUCUGCUUCUGAAAUUACCAUGGAGAUUUGUGUUAAAGCAUAUUUACAGAAUGUUAGAUACGAUGUUACAGGAACUGUGGAGAAUGAUUUUGGGGUAACUGACAUAGUGACAACAGUUAAUGUAUUUAACAAACCUCCUGUCAUACUAAAUACACCAUUGACAACCAACGUCUCAGAAGAUGCUCCGUUAGGAAUUGAGGUGUUGACAAUUGAGGUGGAAGAUGAUUUUCCUUCUCCGGUAAUUGAGCUUUUAGGUCAAUCCAUACCUUUUAGCUUGAACGGAACAGACAUUUUUCUAUCUGGAAAACUUGAUUUUGAAAUUUCGAACCGUUACGACCUCACCAUUCUGGUAACAGACUCUGAAGGACUUGCUGUCACUGCUUUUCCCACUGUCAGAAUCAUUGAUGUUAAUGAGAAACCAGUGUGUCACUAUGUCAAUGGAACCUAUAUUAUUAACAAAGAUGCAUCUCAAACUCCUGGUACACCUAUUGGCAAGGUUAACUGUACAGACCCAGACUUCGGUGAUCAGACUAAAUAUGAGAUAGAUGGUACCCAAGCAGUUUUAGAUACUUUUGAUAUAGGUCAAUUAAGUGGUGACAUCAGUUUACGAAAACAACCAGAAACUGGUAAAAACUUGUUUGAGUUCAAUGUCAAGGUUACAGAUAGGAGUGGACUGACAGCUAGUAUCAAUGUCAAAGUAUAUUUCAGUUUUUAUCCACCAAGAUGUGGAUCAGAGAUUGAAGUUCUGAAGAAUGAGGACAGUAUAAAUUGUGAUACCAUAGACACUGGUUGUGUUGACCCUCAAGGUGGAGUAGUGAAUUAUACAAUUGAGGGAUCAUCAGCAGACGCCGGACUGUUUAAUGUCACAGGAACAAAUGAUGGUAAACUUGUGGUCUGUCCUAUUACCAGCUUGGUGGGAAAAGUUCGUACUCUACAGUUUGAAGUAUUUGCUGUAAAUAAAGUAGGACAGACUCCAAUACAGAUGUCAAUAAUAGUGAGGGAUGUUAACAGCAAUCCAUACUUUGUAAGGCUUCGUAACUUUACUGUAUCAGAAAAGGCAUUCCCAGGUACAGUGAUUGGAGUGGUAACAGCUGAAGACCAGGAUACAGUCAAUCAGUUCAAAACUCUGCAGUACUUUAUUGAUGAUGUACAGUUUAUAUUCAACAUGGACCAAGCUAAAGGAGAGGUCAGACUUGGACAGAUUCCACUCAAUGCUUCAAGUGUUCCUGAAUUUAGCUUACAGUUAAGGGUUUCAGAUGAUGGUGGCCUGUCAGACACCACGACUGUCUACAUAACAGUUAUUGAUGAAAACGAUCCACCAGUGUGUUUGAAUCCAUCUAAUAUUAUACCUGCCAAUGUCGAUCUAACCACACCUGUUGGUGCAAUCGUUACAAGCCUUGUCUGUUGGGACUAUGACAUGAAAGUCAAAUAUAGGACUAUAAUAUACAACAUUACUGGAGAUAAUGAUGGGAUAUUUUCUGUCAAUGGAAAUGGUCAAGUAACUGUUGCCAAACCUAUACCAAGAAAUUCCAAAAGUUUUCGUUUCCAAGUAUAUGUAUCAGAUAUUGUGAUGAUUGAAACUGGUAACCUAACACAAAGAACAAUAUUAGAUGUUUCUGUAGCAGUUAAUACCAACUAUCCACCACAAUGUGAAAAGAUUAUAAGCAAUUUGCAGAUAGAAGAAACUAAGAUUGUUGGUGAUUGUAUCGAGGAAAUAAUCUGUAAUGAUGUUACCCUGGGUGACAUUACCAUAGGAACUGUUACGGGGACAGGAAGCUCCUAUUUCGAAGUUAAAAGUCGUGCAUCUAGUACUCAGGGACAAGUGCCAUUGAAUUUGUGUGUUAAGAACAAUAUAAAGGAUAGAAUGGGGUCUUAUAGGGUAGCAGUAACUGUGACCAACGGCUUAGGUACAACUUCAGUUAUAUGGAGUCUGGAGAUUAUUGAUGUCAACGAACCUCCGUAUUUUGUAAAUCCUCCAUAUAGAGCCUUGGUUCCUGAAACUGUGGGUAUAGGAGUUGAAGUUUUAGGUGUAAGCUGGGCUGAUCCUGAUAUCAGACAAGAUUACAAAACUGUCACAGUCACAUCUCAAGCACAAUCUCCAUCUGAUGCAGCAGAGAACAUUAACUUUAUAGCUAAUUUUAAUAAAUACUACAUAAGGAAGGUCCAGAAUGCAUCAGUACAGAAUUUCUAUUGGUUUCAAGUUACGGCUACAGACCUUGCAGGUUUAUCAUCAACAGCCAAUGUGACCAUUGAAAUCCAAGAUGUAAAUGAACACCCAAUCUGCCCAUUUACAAAUAGAAUGAUUACCAUUGGACUAUUGACCAAUGUUGGAGAAGUUCUGGACAGUAUGGACUGUUAUGAUACAGACAAAGACAACGAUAACAGAAAUCUGACAUACAUUAUAACACCACAGUCAGAUAACUUUGGUAUUACCAAAACUGGGGAUAUCACAUUGACCUCACCAUUACUAAGAUGGAAGGACCGCUACGAUUUAUUUAUAAUUGUAUCUGAUGCAGGAACUCCACCAUUAACUAGAAAUAUUAACAUGGCUGUUAACAUAAACAGACAAAUCAGAGCAGAGUGUUCACCACUAGUAGAUUAUCCAUCUAUAUGGGUAAAAGAUGCUUGUGUAAAACUGAACAUGAGUUGUACUGAUCCUACUCUACCUGAUACAACACAUCUACAAUACAUUACAUUAGGAAGCUUCUCUCCACAAGCAUUCAGCCUCACAACAGUGUCCCAGGGUGUGUUUGAACUUUGUUAUAAACUGCUUGGCGACAGCAAUACCCAGUUAAUUGUGACUGUCAAAAAUGGUCUACUUGACUAUGUAUAUAACUUAGAUCUUCAAGUCAAAUAUGCUGCAUCUACGCCAGAGUUUACACAAUCUAAAUAUGUCAAGGAAAUCCCUGAAGAUGCUGUUGUGGGUACGUCUGUACUACAGGUCAAUGCUACAGCCAAUGGAGGGGGCAACAUCAGAUAUUCUAUACAAGGGACAGCAUAUCCUGGUGUGUUAGAAAUUAUACCUGAUACAGGAAUUGUAAAAACUAAUGCAUCUUUAACUAUAUAUGCUAACAAAGUCAUUACAAUUCAAGUACAGGCAUAUGAUCUAUUGUCACAACUGAAGUCAUCUGUUGAUGUAGAUAUUAGAAUUGAAGAUGUUAAUGAACCUCCUGAAUGUAAGCUAGGACUUCCUGUUGUACCUGAAAUUAGAGUGGACACUUCCAUUGACACCAUCAUCCAGAAUAUAACCUGUACUGAUCCUGAUGUAAAGGCAGAAAAUAGAGAUCUGGAUUAUUCCAUUUCAGGAUCAGAUGUAUUGACAUAUUUUAAGACACAGAGUAUCAGUCCUUAUAUGGUUAAAUUAGCCACAAAAGCCUUGUUAUCAGUUACCAAGGCCAAGUUUGAUGUUAUUGUUACUGUUAAAGAUGGUGGACAACCUCAGCAGACCAUCACUUUGCCAUUUGAGCUUCAUGUUGAUCUGACACCACCAGUUCCUACACUAGAAGUAUCUGCAGUUAACAUGACCGCCAUUAAAGUUAAAUGGUUAUACCAAAGACAGGAUUUCUACACAGUUACCAACAAGUUUACCUUAAAAAUUAAUACCAUAGAGAUGGAUUUACCUGUGAACAAGGACCAGUCUCAGAGUUAUGUGGUUAAUCUUGAUCCAGAUACAGUUUACAAUGUUAAGUUGGAGGCUGAUACCAACUAUGGAACUGUAAUAACUCCUGUGGUUUCUGUGAAAACACCAGCUGUACCUGUACUGUCAACUUUUGUUGCAUCUAUAAAGAUUACUGAUGAUAACUUUGAUUCUCAGUUACUAGAUACACAAUCAUAUAGAUAUGUUACUCUGUCUGAAAGAGUCACAACAAAUAUGGCCUUUGUUCUGAACAGAACUCCAGGUUUUGUUUCUGUUUCAGUGAUGAUGUUCAGAAGAGGGAGUGUAAUUGUAGACUCAUUAUUGACCGUAAACCAGACAGGAACAGUAGCAGGAACCUCUAAUUCUAUCAGACAGACAGUGUCCACAGGAUUUGUUGGUCAGAUGUCAGUUGAUCCUAAUUAUGUUAUCAUUGGAAAUGGGGAUGGAUAUGUUAGAGUGACUGGUAUAUCUGUUGUUGGUAAUUACUACGAAGAUACCAGUGUAACGUUUACCUGCUCAGCUGAUAUCAUUGGUCAGGUGGGGACUGUAGGUAUUACCUGGAAACUAAAGAAUGCUGUUAUUAAUCCUACGACUACUUCACGAUGGAGAACAGAGACGUUACCUGAUGAUACACAGUACCCAGGGAGAAGACAAUAUCAAUUAAAAGUCAACCCAAUGCACACAGGAGACACAGGAAAUAUAUCUUGUCACAUUAGUGAUGGAAAACUUCAAUCUGAUUGGACAAUAGAUGUUGCAGUAAUUGGUAAACCUAUUGUGACUAUAUCACCAAUGACAACCACUAAACACCAGGGAGAUUCCAUUAACAUUAUCUGUCAGGCGGUAGAGACAUAUGGAACACCUUCAUCCAUUACCUGGCACAAAAAUGGAGAGAGUUUUAAUGGGGGACCAGAUGAAAUAAUUGAUCGUGCCAACUUCACCUAUCAUGUGUUGAAAAUCUCCAAUAUACAGACCUUCAUCAGUUAUAGUUGUUUGGGAGUGAAUGUAGCUGGGACUGGGAAGCAGGCUACAACUACUAUUACUGUUAUCAAGUCUGGUAUUUCUUACAAGUAUUGCCCCACAGACAUUGAUAUUUAUGGUAAAAGAUGGAACGGUACCAUUGGUGAUACUGAAGUUAUUGUUCCAUGUACUGGUGAUAAAACAGGAACUGUAUCAAGGUUUUGUAUGAAAGAUGGUAUUUGGGAAGAUCCUGAUUAUAGCAGAUGUGUCAGAAUUGAUCUACAGGAAGUCAAUGCACAGUCUGACAAUUUGAAGAAUGGUGUAGAAGUUGCUGAUGUCGAUAACAUUCUCCAGACAAUGACCGCUCUGACAUCCGAUAACUAUGGAGAACUGACCUCUGGUGACCUUGAAGUGUCAUCGUCUACCUUAGAUAAUGUAGCUGACCAUGCUUCUGAAAGGACAGACUCUCUUGUUGUAGAUCAACUAGAUGAAUUUGUUUCCUGUUGUGAUAAUCUCCUGAAUGAAAAAUAUAAGCCAAGAUGGGAGCAGCUUAGACAACAGAAUUUAGUUGGCAUCAGUAGAGUGGUCAAAGCAGUAACAACCUACUCCAAAGCCUACACUCAUGUAGAUAAAAGUGUAUUUACCAAACUUGUACAGAAGGAUAACAUAAUUGUACAAGUUGGGAAGGUUCAGAACAAGGAUGUAAUUUUCCCUGAUAAAUCUCAGUCCUUACCAUCAUGGGUGACGGAAUCUACGACCAACAUCAAGUUAAACAAAGCUACUCUUGGUAGUCAGCAGCCAAUAGGAUAUAGUAGUACAUAUUAUAGGAAUAUCUCUGACCUUUUCCACCAGUAUUUAUUGGUUGAUGGUGGAGUUAGGCUGGUCAAUAGUAGCUAUGAUGUGAACUCAGUAGUGAUAGAUUUCUCCAUAGAACCUGCUCCUUCUAAACUCAACUCACCAUUAAUUGCAGAAUUUGAGUAUUUAUCUGUUAAUUAUUCCAGUCCUAUUUGUGCAUUUUGGGAUUUCGGUGUGCUAAACACACCAAAUGGAGCUUGGUCGACAGUUGGUGCUAGACUAGUAAAGAGCACUGAUUUAGCUGCCACAUGUGAAUAUGACCACACAACUAAUUUUGCUGUUUUAAUGAGUCCAGGAAAAACACCACCAGCAGAUAUUUUAGCAUUGAGUAUUAUAUCAGCAGUAGGCUGUGCUAUUUCCCUCCUCUUCCUGCUGGUCACAGUUAUUAUAUAUAUUGUAUUUUGGAGGCAAGUAUAUAAGUUUCAGUGUUAUAAUUGA